AUGUCCCUCAAGAUGCGUGUAGCUGAAGUGCUGCUGUGUGUAUGCCUGGACCUGGUCUUGGUCCAUGGACUGAGCCUGGUCCCGGUGAGGGCCUCUCCCUGGCUGUGGCUAUGGUGUGGGGCCCUGGUCCGGUCCGCUCUGCUCCUGUCCUGCUGCUGGAUGCGAGGAUCUACAGAGCUCCACAGUAUCGGCGUCCUGUGCUUCCACUUCCCCGUCUACACUGGUCUGCUGUGGGCACUGGACCAGCCCACUGAGGAGCAGCUGUGGGGGUGUCACUCCUGGACCAGGGUGUUGCAGGGGUAUGCGGUCACGGCUCUGGCCUGGGUGUACUGGGGUGAUGUCUCCCCUCUGCUGCUCUCCGCCUCGGCCUUUGUGCGCUCACGCCUCAGCCCUUCCCCUCCCGACGACACAGCCACGGACCACCGGCUGCAAAGGCUGCUGGGAUACAUGCGGCCCUACUUCUGGAGGUUCACCGUCGUGGUCAUCCUGGUGUUUCUCUCCUCUUACGGUGAGAUGGCAUUCCCUCAGUACACCGGGCGUGUGGCAGACUGGAUCAUGAACAACGAGGCUCCGGACGCCUUCACCGAGGCCGUCACCGUCAUGGCUUUGUUAACCGUGGCCAGUGCGGUGCUGGAGUUCAUCUGUGACCUUACCUACAACGUGACCAUGAGCCACAUCCACACCGUCGUCCAGGGGGAGGUGUUCCAGGCCGUUCUCAAGCAGGACAUCAGCUUCUUCCAGGCCACGACCACAGGUGAGCUGGUGUCCCGCAUCACCACGGACACCAACAGUCUGAGUGAAGCCCUGAGUGAGACGCUCAGUCUGCUCAUGUGGUACUCUGCGCGGCUGGCCUUCAUCCUCUUCUUCAUGCUGCGACAGUCUGUCCGCCUCACGCUGCUCACCUGCAUGGUCCUGCCGCUCAUCUGGGAGCUGCCCAAGCUCCUGGGACAAUUCAGACAGGCCAUUUCAAAACAAGUGACGGAUUCGCUGGCCAAAGAGAACCAGGUGGCUACAGAGACCUUCUCCAACAUGAAGACGGUGCGCAGCUUUGCCAACGAGGACGGAGAGACGGAGCGCUACAGGAGGAGCCUGGACCACACCUACGCUCUCAACAAGAAGGAAGCAGCGGCCUACUCUGCGACAACCUGGGCCAAUAGCAUGACCACACUGGCCCUGAAGGUCGGCAUCCUGUACUAUGGGGGGACACUGGUGACCAGAGGAGCUGUGAGCGGGGGAGACCUGGUGGCCUUUGUCCUGUACGAGCUCCAGUUCACCUCUGCUGUAGAUAGUGUCAUGCGCUUUUAUCCAGAAGUGAAAAAAGCCAUCGGAGGUUCUGAGAAAAUCUUUCAGUAUUUAGACCGGAUCCCACAAAGUCCUCCUGACGGAACCCUGGCCCCUGAGAAACUGGAAAAAGACAUUGAGUUUAAAAAUGUGACGUUUGCGUAUCCUGGAAUGACGGAAAGCAGUCAAGUUCUCAAGGGUGCGUCCUUCAAACUCAUCCUGGGGAAGACCAACGCUCUGGUGGGUCUGAACAGCUCGGGGAAGUCCACCUGUGUCAAACUGUUGCAGAGGUUCUAUCAGCCUCAAGAGGGCGUCAUCCUGCUGGACGGGAACCCACUGCACACAUACAAGAGCCAAUAUCUCCACCACACGAUGGCCGUAGUGAGCCAGGACUGUCUGUUGUUUUCACGUUCGGUGGAAGAGAACAUUAAAUAUGGACUGGAGACGGCUUCUGAGGAGGACGUCAGGCGAGCUGCAGAGCUGGCCUGUGCUCACACUUUCAUCACAGAGCUGUCCGACGGAUACAACACAGACGCUGGAGAGAAAGGAGGGCAGGUGUCAGGUGGACAGAAGCAGCGGAUCUCUAUCGCCAGAGCUCUGAUCAGACGUCCUCAGAUCCUCAUCCUGGACAACGCCACCAGUGACCUGGACGCAGAGACCGAGAAGAAGGUGCAUGACGCCCUCUCCCGUCUGCCGGACCAGUGUACACUGCUGCUGAUCUCCAAUAAGAUGGAGCUGGUGCGGAGCGCGGACCAUGUGGUUUACCUGCACGAGGGGAAAGCACCAGAGCAGGGCACGCACCAGCAGCUGAUGCAGCUCGGAGGACACUAUGCCGCCCUGGUGGACAAGCAGGACGCAGGCUUCCACAGACCAGGGCAGAGGAUCAAUCAAUCAAUCAAAGUUUAUUUGUAG